AUGGCGCGCGUAAGCGGAAUCCAUACAAAGCAGCUAGAUACAGCUGAAAGGCAGCGAAUUCGUACGCUUUACUUCGACGCGCAAAUGGGCCCUUCAGAAAUCGUUAAAAGGACCGGCUUUACAAAAGACCAAGUGCGUAACGCUAUACGCGCUAAAUCAGCUACGCCAGCACCACGUAGUGGCCGCCCACGAAAGCUCAACGCGCAACAGGAGGCUCAGCUUGUUGAAUAUAUAGUCUCCUCAAAGGCAGGCCGCCGGGCUAGUUUCCUUGAAUUAUCGGUUCUUCUCUUGAAAGGCCAGUUUGGUGCGUAUGCUAUACGCGCAACGCUUCGCCGCCUUGGCUUUAAGAGAUAUAUCGCACGCCGCAAACCUCCAAUUACGGAAGAGACCCGUCAGAAACGCCUCGCGUGGGCCCACGAGUAUGUGAACUGGACUGUUCAGCAGUGGCGUUCUGUUCUAUGGUCUGACGAGACCUGGAUUAUGGGCGGCUACUAUAAGAAACAGUACGUUACGCGCCGUCACGGCGAAGAGUGGGAUCCCACCUGUAUUAUCGAGCGACAUCAGCGUAAGCAAGGCUGGAUGUUUUGGGGCUGCUUUGCUGGGGAUGAGAAAGGCCCAGGCCUCCUCUGGGAGAAGGAUUGGGGUACGAUUUCAGCUGCUACGUACCAACAGCAUACAGUCCCUCUCAUCGAUAUGUGGAUUAAUAUAUGCCGUCGCACACGCGGCCAGGACUUAAUCCUCAUGCAAGACGGUGCCCCAAGUCACUCAGCUGCGAGUACGCUUGCUGAGUUCCAGCGACGAGGCGUACGGGUUCUACCAUGGCCACCGUAUUCGCCAGACCUAAACCCUAUUGAGGCCUGCUGGAAUAAAAUGAAGAACUAUAUUGAGGAUAAAUACGGCUUAAUUGAGAAGCCCUCUUGGGAGCAGUUACGCGCGUGGGUUAUGGAAGCGUGGAAUGCCCUCCCAGAAGGUUACCUCUGGGACCAGUUGGCUACGAUGCCAGACCGCUGCCGCGCAGUGAUUGAAGCCAAUGGUAUGCAUAUCAAAUACUGA